AUGGCGGUUCAUGCUGGAAACGAGCCCGAGAAACAAUUUAUUUGGUAUGUAGAUACUGGCUGCAGUAACCACAUGACUGGAAGUAAGUUUUCUUUUACUGUUUUAAAUGAAAAUUUUCGGUCGAUAGUUAGUUUUGGUGAUCUUUCAACUGUGAAUGUGAUGGGAAAGGGUAAUAUCAAUUUUAGAACCAAAAAUGGGUGUGUGGAAAUCAUAUCCAAUGUGUUCAAUGUUCCAACUUUGAAAAAUAAUCUGUUAAGUACCGGUCAACUGUUAGAAAAAGGGUAUGUAAUCACCUUAAGAAAUGAUGCAUGUGAAAUUUCUGAUCCCUCCAAAAGAGUUAUUGCUUUUGUGAAAAUGAGUCAAAACAGGUUGUUUCCUUUGAAGAUUGAAAAUGUUCAAUCUUGCUAUAUGGCAGAAGUGAGAAAUCCUUCAUGGUUGUGGCAUUUUAGAUAUGGUCACUUGGGUUUUGGUGGAUUAAGAACUCUCCAACAGAAAAAUAUGGUGAUAGGUCUUCCAGAAAUCAUCACUCCUUCUCAAGUUUGUGAAGAAUGUGUUGUUGGCAAACAACAUCGUUCUCAAUUUCCAAAAGGGAAGUCGUGGAGAGCGAGUAGUGUUUUGGAGCUGGAAGACUUGGGUGUAUAUUCUGCAGAAAAGUCGGAGGCUUUUAAUGUAUUUAAAAGCUUCAAAGCUCGUGUGGAGAAUGAGACUUGA